UCUUGAUCGAGUUAGCUGAGUCGAAGACAACGGACCAGAAUAGUCUAUUGAGUCUCUGAAUCCUGAGCCUUCGUUCCGUUCCGAAUAAGUCGAAUCAGUAGUAUCCUCAAGGUUAACGAACCUAACAAUUUGGCGACGGUGGUUUUGGAAACAUGGAUCCUUCUAAACUUGAAUUAUUACUCGAGCAGCAAAUGAAACUUAUUCAGAUGUUAGCGGAUGCAAAGCUUACGUCUAAUACUCAACCAAGCAGUUCUAAUCCUACUACUACUGCACCAUCAGUUGAUGGUAUCGCUAACAGUAUCUCCGAGUUUCAUUACGAUCCAGAAUCCGAUGUCACGUUUGAUAUGUGGUUUCGACGUUACGAAGACUUAUUCAAAUUCGACUUUGCUAAUCAGGAUGAUGCUUGGAAGGUCCGCUUGCUGCUUCGAAAGUUGGGUCCUAAUGAACUAGACAGGUAUUGCAACCUAAUUCUGCCUCUAAACCCACGCGAUCGCUCAUUCUCGGACACUGUCCAGUCAUUGAGCCAACAAUUCGGAGACAACUCCUCACUAUUCAAUGCGCGUUAUCGAUGUCUGAAGCUCACUAUGAACGAAGACGCUGAUUUUCUCACACAUGUGGGUAUCGUUAACCGAGAAUGCGAACGCUUCCGGUUGAAGUCACUUACUGAAGACCAAUUUAAAGCACUCAUUCUCAUCUGCAGCCUUCAAUCACAGAAGUUCAGUGACAUUAGAACACGUUUGCUAAGUCGAUUGGACCAAGAUCCAAAACUAACCCUUAAUGAUAUUGCAAACGAAUAUCAACGCCUAAUCAAUCUACAGCGUGACACUACGAUGGUCCAGCGUGGUGGUUCAGAUCGUGCUGAAGUUCAUGUAGUCCAACAACCACACAACUCGCAUAAAUCUGCCCCAGCAGCAUCAAGUUCAAGUCAAAAGACAAAAACAAAUCCUCCUGCCCCAUGCUGGCACUGCGGUGCAUGGCAUUUUGUUCGAUACUGUCCAUAUAAGCAACAUCGGUGCAGGAAAUGUAACACGGUGGGUCAUAAAGAUGGUUUUUGUCGAAAAAAGAGGCCAAGCAACUCCAAAGGUACCAGGAAGCCACCACCAUCUCAGAACAAAUCUCAGAAGCUUCCAGAGUACGAGGUUGGAUGCCCUGUGUUCGCUCGAGACUACAGAGCAAAUCAUGGUCCUUGGAUCGAAGCACGUGUGGUUGGAAGAAUAGGCCAAGUUAUGUACAAUGUAAAGGUGGGAAGAGACACAUGGACUAGACACCGAAAUCAACUACGUAAGCGGAUAGCCCCAGACCACCCAUCAACAGGACUAAAUCUUCCUCUCGACAUCUUGCUUGAUACUUUCAACUUACCGGCAACCCUACCACAAGAAAAACCCCAACAACAAUCUGAAACACGUCCCAGACGAUGGCCUAUAAGAGAACGGCGAGCUAUAGUCAAGAUGCAGGUUGACCCCAGGAAAGCCCGCUAUUAAAAAGGGGAGGAGUGUUGGGGACGAUAGAUCCCCAAACUCAUAUUUUGAAUUUUAUCGCAUCGAUCAACUUAUUGAUUAAACGUUUAAAUAUUUGUGUUGGGGUCAAUUGAUGAACUGAUCGAUUAAAUGUUUGAAUAGCAGUCAAUUGAUGAACUAUCGAUUAAAUGCGCAAAUAGGUCAAUUAAUGAACUCAUUGAUUAAUGUUUAAAAAUUU